AUGAACAUUUUUAGGCUUGUGGCAGAUCUCUCGCACAUGGCGAGUCAUCUCAUCUUGCUAUACUCUAUACACCGUAAUAAGUCCAUCAAUGGCUUGUCCUUGAGUACGCAGAUUCUUUACGUGGUUGUGUUCGUGUUGAGAUACCUCGAUGUGUUUACCAGUUACUUCUCUCUUUACAACACGUUCAUGAAACUUUUCUUCGUGGGGUCUUCCGCAUACACGGUUUAUUUGAUGACGAGAAAAUACCAGAAAACCAUCCGCGAGAACAUCGACACGUUUCCCGUUCGGUACUUGGUAAUUCCCUCAGCUGUGAUGUCGUUGAUUUUUACUCACGCCUACACGUUCAGAGAGGUGACAUGGUCGUUUUCUAUUUGGUUGGAGUCUGUUGCAAUCAUUCCUCAGUUGUAUAUGUUGCAGAGAACGGGCUCUGCGGAGAACAUCACCACUCAUUACAUUUUUGCAUUGGGGAUUUACCGAGCAUUGUACAUUCCGAACUGGAUCUAUCGUUACUUUUUCGAAGGCUGGUCUGACUACAUUUCUAUUUUGGCUGGUAUUUUGCAGACGAUUGUGUACUCUGACUUCUUCUACAUCUACUAUACCAAGGUCAUGCAGGGUAAGAGUUUCGAACUUCCCGUGUAG